AACAUAUCUUGGAUGUGCCGUCAGAUAUCAAAUAUCCUCAAUUAGAGUACGAAGAAAAAGAAGAAGAAGACAAAGAAGAAAUGAUAGGGGAAAUAUUAGAAGAAUUUGAAGAAGGAACAUCAACGUAUCAGUUAGAAGCAGAUGAAUUAUUUUAUCAUCACGAUUUAGUAAACCUAAACCAAUUCGACCUACUGUGGCAAGAACAUAUAAUAAGCAUGGGUAUCAUUAGACCGACAAGGACUCUAUACAUCGGUGUCAAGGAAACUUAUAUUUUAAUAUUAAAGAAUCUCGCUGAUGACUCAUUGAAUUAUUCGUGGGGUGAAGUUAAUGGUUUAGAUUCGUCAAAGAUGAAACUUUGCGUGUGUCCUGAAAAAGGAGAAGUAUUAGCUAGAGGCACUAAAAAAAUUGAAAUAACUAUCACACCAGUUUCAGAGGGGAUCGUGCAAUCGUUAUUUAUACCAUGCUUUGUGGGAGAUUCACGGAAGAUAAUAAUGCUGGGCAUCGAAUGUUUCAUCGAAUCACUUUAUGUUAUAUUUUAUUUUCCACUAAACGACGAUACGCCAUUAUUAAUGAACAAUUUUGUUAAAGUAAAGUGGCGGACAGAUAGUCUCAAACUUGCUUUGGAUAUGGCGGGAAAAUCUAGACAGCACAUGAAAUUAUUAGACAAGUACAAAAAGCGAGAGGAACGAGAACUAAUGAACACGAAUCUGGAUCAAGGAGAGGUUCUUAAAGAUGCUUCAGCAGGUCCUUCUAUGCAAGAAGUGGCAGUUGACGAAUCAGGCGAACAACACUUCCUAAGUACUCGUACUUCAGAAAUCAUUCAGAUGAGCAACAUAACAGAAAAUGACAAUUAUUUGCAAGAUAUGGUUUCCUCUGGAAGCAUUGUACCAUUCCACGAAAAAUUCUUACCACCGGUUACACAGCCUGUUGUAAUAGAAUUUCCAGGUCUAUCGUUAAGAACAGUGCAGAAGAAAACUUUUAUAAUAAAAAACGAGACUUCGAUUCCAACUAAUUAUUGGCUUCGUAUAAAGAACUUUUAUCCCAUCAUGUGUUCAUGUAAAUGGAAGUCGCAAGAAGAUCGGAUUAGGUUCAUUUAUAAACGAGUUUUUAGUCGGCGGAAGGAAUUAAUAGAAGACACAUUGUACAAAGUAAAACAACCUGGAUCAGGUAUGGUAAUCUAUGUUGAUCCCUUAAAUUCAGAUAUUGGUCCUUUCAAAGCCAUGCCUGUAAACAUUUAUGUUUUUGCUGAUACAUGGGGUUAUUAUGUGGAUGAAUUAGAAAUAAAUAUUGCUGGUUUACCACAGUAUACUAUAGGGAUAUGUGUACAAGUUGUUGGAUCGCCAAUAUCAUUGUCAAUUUCCGAUAGAAAUGAAUCUAGUAUACCUAUUAUUAGAUAUGGAAUGGUAGCUGUAGGUAGUCGCCUACAUGAGAGAAAAAUAUCAUUGACAAAUACAAGCGUGGUGCCUAUAAUUAUUGACUGGCAUACAUUUGUAGUCAAACCAGUUCUAGAAUCAAUGCCUUUUAACAUAGCAUUUAGCUUUCAUACACCAUUUACUGACGAAUUGGCAUCAAAAUUGAGAAAUAAUAAACAGAAAACUAAUAGUGAAAUACACUUAGAAAAACACUAUUCAUACUCAAAAGGCUUACAUACAUGUGAUUCUAGCGAAUUCAGCAACACUAGUGAUAUUACAACAUCUAGUUACAUGGAAUCCUCACACAUGACCUCAUCCUGGAUGUGUAAUGGUGAAAUUUCCAAACAGUAUACCACCAGUAGCUCCAAUAGAUGUUCAAAAAAUGAAAGUAAAUAUACAAAAGAUGAGAUAUGCUUCAAUGCAAAUAAUAUAGCAGAGAAGAAAGACAUUGAAGUACAAAUUUCGAUACUUCCUUACUAUGGUUUAAUUGAUACAAAAAUAUGCACGGUAAAAAAACAUUUAGAUCUUAUUAAAAUAUUCAUAUCAAUAAUAAAGAAAACAUUUUGGUAUCUUACAAGGUUACCCCUAGAGAAAUGUUCAUCCUACCCAAAAGUAAUACCUCCCUAAUUAUUGAUAUACAACUUGAAAGAUACAAA